AUGAGCACGUGCUCCGUCUCCAAGGGCUGCUUUGUUUUUAAACCAAGUCCCAAGAAGAGAAGGGUGUCUCAGAAAACAGCUAUCCAUUUUGGAGAAGGAAAAAAUGAUUCAGAGGAUAGAGAAUUGCGGUUUGAUACUUGUCAGUCUUUAUGGAAUCAGAUCAAAUUGGAAACAGAGCAAAUACAGGAAGACUUGAAUAAGCAGUUACUUGAUAAUGUAGUAAGUUUUUUGAGGCGGUCUCAUUCUGGGUUCCAAGAAAAGACAACAGAAUGGACUUGUCGGACGAAGUCCAGAGAAAUCCCUACUGCAGCUCUUGUCUUAGGUGUAAAUGUUACAGAUCAUGACUUGACUUUUAGAAAUCUCUCAGAAGCCCUUCAAAAUAAUAUUACUCCUUAUAUAGCCUUGCUGGAAGCCAAAGAUUGCCCAGGUAUAAAAAAUCUGAUGCAGAAGCUGAUGGGGCAGCUGAUGAACUGCUCUGUCGAUGCGGUCUCAUUGGAAGAUGAGGACUACGUGCAAGUUUCCCAGAAUAGAAUACGUUGUUCAAUGAAUUCUGUUGUCAACUGGUAUGAGAGUGUAACAAAGAAAACAGAUUCUGAAACUCUGAGCAAAAAAAGAACUUCCUCUUCAAGACACCAGCAAUCUCCUCCAGUUGUAGUUAUAUUCAAAGACAUGGAAAGUUUCACCACAAAAGUCCUUCAAGACUUCAUAGUCAUCAGCAGUCAGCAUAUCCGUGAGUUACCUCUAGUACUGAUUUUUGGAAUCGCUACAUCUCCAAUGAUUAUCCACAGCUUACUUCCUCACUCUGUCUCCUCUCUGCUGUGCAUAGAGCUUUUCCAGUCCCUUUCCUGUAAGGAGCACCUGUCUACUAUAAUUGACAAGCUGCUUCUGACAUCCCGGUUUCCCUUUAAACUGGGUGAAAAAGUUCUGCAGGUUCUCAUCAACAUAUUCUUGUACCAUGAUUUUUCUGUCUGGAAUUUUAUCAAAGGAUUUCAGCUUUGUAUUGUUGAACAUUUCUAUUCCCAGCCUCUUAGUGUACUGUGUUGCCAACUGGCAGAUGCUAAGGAGAGAGUAAAUUCUUUAUCACACGAUCAGUGUGAAAACAUUCGAAGACUGCCCUCUUUUAGAAGAUAUGUAGAAAGGCAAGAAGCAGAGAAACAGAUUGGACUGCUCACAGCAGACAGCUUCUUAAAGGAAACAACACAGAAGUUGCUGGAGGACUUGCAUGUUUACCAUGAAAAUUAUGUUUCAGUUCUGAGAUGUCUUCAUGUUUUCACAUGUUCUCUUCCAAAGUAUCCUUUGGGCAAGCAGAUCAGAGAGCUGCACUGUGCAUGUUUGGAAAACCAAGUGUGGGAGACAGAAGAUUAUGAGUCAUCUCUUCAGUUAGCAAGGAUGCUGAAUAAGUCUGAUUUGGAAACAAUGCUUCAACAAUGUGUGGAGAUACUUGUGUCAUCUUCUGGAAAAGAGUUUGAUAAGGCAGUAGGGAAGCUGAAGGAGUUCUUGACCCAGUUUCAGAAACUAGAAGUAGCAGAAGCUUUCCAAGAACAAGAUGUGUCCGUAUCGUCACAAAAGGAGCUCCAGAAGAAGACAGACCUUUAUCAUCUUCAGAAGACCUUGUUGGAGUUGAAGGAUUCAAGGCGAUCUAAGAAACUGACAAAGUUUGAAAUGCUUCGUUUUGAAGUUGUUGACUAUAUAGACAGUCUUGUAAG